AUGAACUACCUGCGGCGCCGCCUGUCGGACAGCAACUUCAUGGCCAAUCUGCCAAAUGGGUAUAUGACAGAUCUGCAGCGCCCGCAGCCGCCCCCUCCACCGCCCACUGCCCCCAGCCCUGGGGUCACGCCCGGUCCCGCGACUGCCACUGCUGAGAGGGCUUCCUCGGCAGCACCCGUGGCCUCUCCAGCUGUCCCUAGUCCCGGGUCCUCGGGGGGCGGUGGCUUCUUCUCGUCGCUGUCCAACGCGGUCAAGCAGACCACUGCAGCGGCGGCAGCAUUUAUUAAGUGCCUACGGGCAAAAUACUUCAAAGGCAAAAAAAUCCAUGGAGAAAUUGACAUUAAAGUAGAACAGGCUGAAUUCUCUGAUCUCAACCUCGUGGCUCAUGCCAAUGGUGGAUUCUCUGUGGACAUGGAAGUUCUUCGGAAUGGGGUGAAGGUCAUGCGCUCUUUACAUUCUGUCUACAACUUCUGUGACAAGCCCUGGGUGUUUGCCCAGAUGGUUCGACUGCACAAGAAACUGGGGACAGAAGAAUUCCCCCUAAUUGAUCAGACCUUCUACCCCAAUCAUAAAGAAAUGCUCAGCAGCACAACGUACCCUGUGGUUGUGAAGAUGGGACAUGCACACUCCGGGAUGGGCAAGGUCAAAGUAGACAACCAGCAUGACUUCCAGGACAUUGCAAGUGUCGUGGCACUGACCAAGACAUAUGCCACUGCCGAGCCCUUCAUUGAUGCCAAAUAUGAUGUGCGUGUCCAGAAGAUUGGGCAGAACUACAAGGCCUAUAUGAGGACGUCUGUAUCAGGGAACUGGAAGACCAACACUGGCUCUGCAAUGCUUGAGCAGAUCGCCAUGUCUGACAGGUACAAGCUGUGGGUGGACACAUGCUCAGAGAUCUUUGGGGGACUGGACAUCUGCGCAGUGGAAGCACUCCAUGGCAAGGACGGAAGGGACCACAUCAUUGAGGUGGUGGGUUCCUCCAUGCCGCUCAUUGGAGACCACCAGGAUGAAGACAAGCAGCUCAUCGUAGAGCUCGUUGUAAAUAAGAUGGCCCAGGCCCUGCCCAGGCAACGGGAUGCCUCCCCAGGCAGGGGCUCCCACAGCCAGACUCCGUCCCCAGGGGCCCUGCCCUUGGGUCGCCAGACCUCCCAGCAGCCCACAGGGCCCCCAGCUCAGCAACGACCCCCACCACAGGGUGGCCCUCCACAGCCGGGCCCAGGCCCCCAGCGCCAGGGACCCCCGUUGCAGCAGCGCCCGCCUCCACAGGGCCAGCAGCACCUUUCAGGCCUUGGACCCCCAGCUGGCAGCCCCCUGCCCCAGCGCCUACCAAGUCCCACAUCAGCGCCCCAGCAGCCUGGGUCUCAGGGCCCGCCGUUGACCCAGGGUCAAGGCCGCCAGUCCCGGCCAGUGGCUGGAGGACCUGGGGCACCUCCAGCAGCCCGCCCACCUGCCUCCCCGUCACCUCAGCGCCAGGCGGGACCCUCGCAGGCUACCCGUCAGACAUCUGUCUCUGGUCCAGCUCCACCAAAGGCCUCAGGGGCCCCACAGGGUGUGCAGCAGCGUCAGGGACCACCCCAGAAACCCCCAGGCCCUGCUGGUCCUACACGCCAGGCCAGCCAGGUGGGCCCAGGGCCUCGCCCUGGGCCACCCACCACACAGCAGCCACGGCCCAGUGGCCCAGGCCCUGCUGGACGUCCUACCAAGCCACAGUUGGCUCAGAAAGCCAGCCAGGACAUGCCACCACCUGCCACCGCUGCUGCCGGGGGACCCCCGCACCCCCAGCUCAACAAAUCCCAGUCUCUGACCAAUGCCUUCAACCUUCCAGAGCCAGCCCCGCCCAGGCCCAGCCUUAGCCAGGACGAGGUGAAAGCUGAGACCAUCCGCAGCCUGAGGAAGUCUUUCGCCAGCCUCUUCUCCGACUGA